AUGGCUACAAACUCACAGACCAGCUUCGAAAGGUCUCUAGAUCUCUUUCGACGAGAGCUUUCUGAUGAUCAGAUCAAGCAAAUGAAUGGAGUCAAUCAGGAAACUCUGAAAGACACAAUCCAGGCGACUCAGAAUAUACUGGGGCGCAGAAACGACCUUUGCAAACUGUCCCGAGUCCAGAGAUUUCUCCACGCUAUGGAACAUGUUGAGAAGCUUGUCUCAAUAUUCCUCAACGCCAGUGACUUUGUGGCUUUUGUUUGGGGACCGAUCAAGCUGGCGCUUAUGGUUGCCACCACUUGGACAGACGCUAUCAGGCAGCUGAUUGACGCUUACGAAGAGAUCGCAGAAGCGCUAGGCAAUCUUGCCUUCUUCCACAACCUCAUGCAGAGUAGAGAUCAUUUGAAAUUGGUAUUGGAGGAUUAUUUCUCUGAUAUUCUUCGAUUCCAUCGAUGCGUUCUGGACGUUUUCUCUCGACCAGAAUGGAAAAGAGUCUUUAAAUGGGCCUGGGGAAGCUUUCGACGUGAAGUGAAACCUAUUCUCGAAAGUCUGAAGCGCAAACAGGCCUUUCUAUCAGAUGAAAGGCUGCAAUCUCACGCUAUCCUCAAGGAAGUCCAAGAUUCUGACCAGUUCGCCAAGGACCAGUUCAGCAACCUUCAGACCAGUCUCGAAGACAUAAGAUCUACUUUGGCCUCUGAACAGUUACAAACUAAAGCGCUGCAAGCACAAGAGAUGAGGAGCUACCUGGAAAGCAGACUAGAUAUUUCGAGAUCUCGAACCGACCUUCAAUUAGAAUCGAGAGAUCCGAUGAUCAAGACCUCUGGAAAUUGGAUCUUUGCUGAUUCAACUUUUCAAUGCUGGGAAGGAGGAAAGUCUGUAGAUAAAAGGGUCUUAUUCCUCAAUGGCUCCCCCGGUUCCGAUGAAACUAUAAUGAGGUUCGCGCAUGAAAGACUAUCCACCAAAGACGUUACCGAACUUGCCGACCUCAAGGAACUGGCAGGUGAAUGCCUGACAUCUCGGCCGAAUGCAACGCUUGUCCUUGACGGACUAGACGAGGCGAUGGGCAAUGAGCAAGAAACCUCUGUCAAGUGGUGUCUGGACAAACUUGCUCCAGCCGCAAAAUCUAGCGGCUGCCAUCUGAAAAUACUGUUUUGUGGACAGAGAGACGGAAAACUCGACAGAAUACUAUCAUCUCAUCCUCAGAUCCGACUGGACCUAGUAGAUGCUCACCAAAAGGACAUUGAGCAAUUCACGAAAGAGCAAGCCGCGAAGAUACGAACUAGAUUUCGGUUGUCGGCGCAGGAAGAAAAGAGCCUAGUCUCCAAGAUAGCGGGCGCAUCUCGAGGGAUGUUUCUCUAUGCAAGAGUAGUGCUUGAUAAUCUUGCAGCAAUGGAUUCAAAACGAGACUUCAAAGACGAACUGGAAAGCGAUGCUUUCCCGAAAGAUCUGGAUCAAGCUUAUGACCGUAUCACUCAACGUGUUCUGCAAAACAAUCGACCCUCACGUGACACAAGCGUGAAGAGGAUCCUGGGAUGGAUUAUUUGUGCCGCGAGACCCCUUCGAUGGCGCGAAAUACAGUCCAGAUUCUGCAUCGAUGCAGAAAAGCAGAUUUGUGACCUUGAUAACCUCCGUCUAGACAGCUGCAAACGGAUAUGCAGCUCUUUUGUUGACAUGACGGAUUGCGAGUUGUUCCCAAGAACUGAAUCCGAACAGGUUGUCACUAUGGUCCACGAAACAGCAACUCAAUAUCUCAUUCGCAACAAGACGGUCAAUCUACUAGAGGAGCAUAUCGACAUGGCGCUUUUUUGUUGUCGAUACCUAUCCUCUCGACCUUUUACUACAUGCAAGAGCCAAAACAUCACUUCCGAUAUUCUUUCAGGAUACUUUGGAUUUUUGGAUUAUGCUGCUGCUCAGUAUGCCACCCACGUACAGAAGGUUGAGCUUUCAGAACUUUCUAAAGACUCAGCAACAAAACUGGAGUCUGUCAAAUCGGCAGCAGUUGAUUUGGCAAAGAUACAUUGCAAGGACGCCUCAGUCGAAGCAGGAGAGAUAUUUAAGGCAGCUGAAUAUCUGAAACUGGCAAUUCAAGAUAAUGUGCUCGCUGUGCGUACCCUUAUCGGCCUACAGCGAGAGAAGUCAGCACCCGCCGCCUUCGAUGCAACUGAAGGGCCAAUCAGGCACAAAUGUCAUAAGGUUGAAUGCUCCAAGUUUGCCACAGGAUUUCCGAACGAAACUUCACUUAAGGAGCACCUAGCAGUGCACGAGAGACCAUUCAGAUGCCCUCAUGCUGAUUGCUUUGCGCACAACAUUGGCUACGCUUCCCCAAAGCGAUUAGAAAGUCACUGUGAGGUCUUUCACCAGAGCAUCUCCAGAGCCAAAGCGGUCUUUCCUGCUGAACUUGAGGCUGGCAAAUGGGACCUUUACGAAGCCUGCAAGACUGGUGACCUCGAUGAGGUCAAAAGAUUCCAUCGUGAAGGAGCGAAUCUCAAUGGUGUUACAGCAAAAUUUGUCACGCCCCUGUGUGCUGCGGCUGAGGCUGGACAUGGCCAUGUUUGCAAGUACCUCGUCGACAACGGGAUUGACCCUUCUGAUUAUAAACAUGAUGGAAGAUCCUCACGGAAUCCACUCACUGGAGCGAUCAACGGGUCACAUCUAGAGAUCUUGGAUUUCUUUCUGCAUAGUGGCAAUGGCUUAGACGAUUCGAAGCUGGCGGAAAAUAUUGCCCGGGCGAUAGUCGCGGACCGCCCUGUCAUAUUGAACAUGUUUCUCACCUCAAGAAGACCAAGCGACCACGCGGACGUGAUCAACCUGGUUCCAGUUGAAAUAUUAGAUCAGGCCUACAUGAGAUCAAGCAGAAAAGUCCCGCAUUCAGCAGACGCCACGCUAAUGCAUGCCUGGUUCCAAUAUGUCAAGCCACAGUUUUACGAUGAAAAAGCGGUAUUCAUUGGACCGUCAGACUGUGCGGAGUACAAGAUCUGGGGGGAUAUAUUGUUUCGGCAACUUAAUUGCUUCUACAGGGCGCUACUUACGAGAUGCUACUCUCUUGCCACAUUUCUAAUGGACGUCGGAAGUGAGGAGUAUUUAAAAAUGAGUGAUGAGGAUAGGGAUACACCGUUACAUUGCUGCAUGCAAGGGCUUUGCAGAGAGGACUGCAGUGGCUGUUUGUCCAUGGUUCAGCGCCUUCUUCAAUACGAUGAUGGUGAAUUCUCAAAUGUUACGGAUCGUAAUGGCAGCCUACCGGCGCAUACAGCAUUGAGACGUGAUGCCCCGCUAGCUGUUUUGCGAGCUGUUCUUAAGAAUACCGGAGACAUCAACCACAGGGACAAGUUCGGGAAUAGUCUGUUGCAUUCGGCAUCAUCUGCUGAAUCGAUUUGCGUGUUACUGGAGAACAAGUCUGUUGAUCUAUUCAGUCGAAACAACAAAGGACAGACCGCAUUGUCAGCAUAUAUCGACCGUACUUACAAUGUCAAGGGAGGGGUUCUCGACCGUCUUUUCAAAGCAGACCCAGACCUUGCAUGGACACCAGACAAAUCAGAGGAAGGACUUACACCACUCCAUUACGCAUUGAAGCUCUUAGAGCACGAUAAAUCUUGCUCUUACGAUCUAAACGAUUCAUCCAGAAUCGUCAAGUUCUUACUUACAUGUUCCGAAGUGAAACGAGUCCUGGUGGAAUAUCAAGCCAAGUCGAGUGAUGCCGGUCAGAGAAAGGUACGAGACUUUGCAGAGAAGGGAAUGUUACGAGAAGCACUUGAUAUCAUGGAUGUAAUUGGAUUUGGCCAGGUCUGA